AUAUUUCUUCUUAUACUUUUGUUAGUAGCGCACGAUUGCUGAUAUAAAGCAGGUAUCAUGUCAAGCUUAGAAGAUUCUUGGGUUUCGAAUUAUUACACAACAGGAAAAGAAGUGGUAAUAUGCGAUAUUUGUUACGAGGAAUAUCGUGGAAAUAGCAAGAUCGCUAAUUUAUGUAGACACUUAACAAGUCAUCAUGAAGUUGAAGAAAAUAAAGCAAAACGUAUCUGCGAUUGGCUGAGUAAAUUUUUUAUCAAAAAUAAAAUCGAUACGAAUUAUUGUUGCUGCAAGUAUUGCAAUAAUGACAUUCUGUCUAAAUCAAUAUAUUUAAUAAUCCAUUUAAAGCAAGUGCAUGAAUUUGAAAUACCUUCGGAUAUCAAACCAGCAGGAUUAUGGAGUCAAGUUGCACAUAUCGAUGAAUGGACAUGGGAAUGUUGUACAACAGAUUUAUUAACAGAAGAUAAGAUAUGUAUAAAAUGCAAAAUUUGUGGUGAACGUUUAUUGAUUGGAAUAUCUGUCAACAAUAUAAUAAACCACAUAAAAAAACAACAUAAAAAGGUUUAUGAUGAAGAAAUGCGUUCCCAAGUUCCACGAGAAUUGAACCUUUUUUCUAUAGAGAACAAUCAACUAAAAUGCAAUAGUUGUAAUUUUUUUAGUCCUCUUCAUUAUUCUAAUUCCAACAAGGAAUUGGAAGAUCAUUUAUCGAAUAAACAUAAACUUAAUUACGCUCAAAUAAAUGAUCUUGUCAACGGGCUAAUAAUGUAUCGAAAUACAUAUAUUCAAACAUCAGAAUGCAAGACUUGCAAGAACAUAUUUCCGCAACAAUAUUUUAGUUUAAUAAGACAUUUGAUUAAAGAACAUUCAAUCGGAUUACAUCUAAUAUCGGAAAAAUUAUUAGAUAAAUUGAAGAUUUUUAAUUCUGAUAACGAUACCGAAGAUGUUGCUCUACCAGGAAGCAGCAGUCAGCAGACAGAUCAGAGUAUUAACCAAAGUUCUUCCAAAAUCACAUCAAGAUCAUCAAAUUUGUAUAACUGUUCGAAUUAUGACCAAAUCACCAACAGUGAUGUCCAAAUUACUUUUCUUCAGGAGUUUGAAGAUGCCAAUUAAAAUUAAAGAUGCCUCUGAUUACGAUAUUGACGAUGUAAUAAAAUAUGAAAAUGAAAAAAUUGAAUGUGUAUUAAAUUUUAUUUUUUAGAUAAUUGAAUGUGCAUUAAAUUAAAACAAUUGGUAAUGAAUUUGACGAUGUUUAA